UCAUAAUGUAAACAAAACAACGCAGUGCUUUGUCAACAAAACGUCAAGUAGGUAAUAUUCACAGACGCCGGACAUAUUUUUAUUCAUAAUUUCAGAUCCAACACCAAAAAUGUGUCUAAAUUAUUGUGGGUUACUUUUCUGCAUUUCAAUUGCGAUAGUCUACACAUCGGGAAUACCAUUAAAAGAAGACGAUUCCGCGUCGGAAGAUGUUAAUACACUAACGCAUAGAAUAUCUGGCGCUUUUGCGUCAGGGGCUGUGAGCAACGACAAAGAAGAUGAUGGAGAAGACGAUACAGAUGAUGAUUUGUCGAAAAGAAUUAUCCGCGAAGAUGGCAAAACAGACGAUGGUGGUGACGAAGAUGAUGAUGAUACCAAUAUUUCCAGGGACAAACGUAGCGACGAUAUGACGAAAAUAGAGAAGAUGCUGAAUGAAUUGCAAUCUAACAACGACGAAGACAGUGAUGAUGAUGAAGAUGAUGAUGAUAAUACAAACAGACAAACGCGUAAUUCAAAUUUUGAUGCUGAUGAAGACGACGACGAUGAUGAUGAUGUGGAUUUAAGCGAUUACAAUAUUAGUAGAAAUAAACGUAACGUAGGUGAUGAUGAUAAUGAUGAUGAUGAUGACUUUGAUGCAGAUGACGAUGAUGAUGAUGACAUUAACAGAGUUUUAAGAGAAGCAGAAGAAGAUGAUGAUGAUGAGGAGGAUUUUGAUAAAGAAAAAAGAGAUGUAAAUUCUGGAAGAGCUGAUGAUGAUGAUGAUGAUGAUGAUAGUGAUGAUAAAAUGGACUUUGGUGAUGAGAAAGUUAGCAGGCAAAUGCGUGAUGUAGGAGAUGAUGCUGAUGAUGAAGACGAUGAUGAUGACCUAAAUAUUGAGAGAGUAACCAGAGGAGCAGAAAAUGAUGAUGAUGAUGAUGAUGAUGAUUUUGAUAAAGAAGUAGAAAAAAGAGAUGCAGAUCUAGACGAUGAAAACACUAGUGAUGAUGAUGGUGAUGAUAAAGUUAAUUAUAAAGUAGACACAGGGAGGAAAAAGAGGGAUAUUCCUGCUGAUGUUAAUGCUAAAUGGGCUGUCAAUGAUAUAUCACAUACAAUAUCAAAGAGGUCUGCAAAUUCAACCAACACAACUCAUUCUCCUGAUGGACAUUCAAAAAAUUGUAAAGCAACAAGAUCUUUAGAAGAUAUGUUUAACUUGGAUGAAAAUGAAGAUGAUGAUGAUGAAGAUAAUGAUGACUUGGAAAGAUUGAGAAGAGAACUUGGGGCUGUUGAACAUCUUGAUGCAGAUGAAGAUGAUGAUGAUGAUGAUGAUGACAUGGAAUUUGAAGAGAGGGAGAAAAGAGAUUCUCAAGCUGAUAGUGAUGACGACGACGAUGAUGAUGAUGAUGAGUUUGACUUCAUGGAAAAGGAGAAAAGAGACACUGAAGAGGAUGAUGAUGAUGGUGAUGAUGAAAUAAAUGAGACCAGAGAACAUUCCAGAAAAAGGAGAAGUCUUGAAGAUGAUUUCAACGUAGACGUAGAUGAUGCUGAUGGUGAUGACGACGAUGAUGAUGAUGAUGACAUUAGAGAAAGAAGGAAUGCAGAUGAGGACUUUGAUGAAGAUGUAGAUGACGAUGAUGAUGAUGAUGCUUUUGACUUGAGGGAAAGGAGGGAUUUAUAUGCAGAUGAUGAUGGUGAUGAUGAUGACAAUGAUGAAAAUUUAUCAGGCAGAAUCAGACGUGAAGAAGAUGAUGAUGAUGAUGAUGUUGAUGAUGAUGAUGAAAAUAAUCUUACAAAAAGAGAUGCAAGAGGUGAUUCUAAAGAUGAUGAUAAUGAUGAUGAUGAUGAUGAUGUGGAAAACUCUGAAUCAGAUAAACAAAAGAGAUCUGAAGAUGAUUCUGAUGAAAGUGAUGAUGAUGAGGAUGAUAUAUCCCAAAGUAAUUCAGAAAAUAUUAAAGAUUCAGAUGUACAGAAAAGGUCAGAGGAUAAUUCCGUUGAAAAUGAUAAAAAGGGAAAUAUUGAAGAUACAGAAAUGAAAGGAGAACAUACAAGAACUAAAAGUAUCUGCAACAAAGACAGGAGAAGUCAUAGGUUAGCUAAGAAGAAGGAACCUGUUUUCAAACCAAUGGGUGGAAAGCCAAAAGGACCAGUUGCAUUGAAGGAACAAUUGAACAAACAAUAUGGAAUGCUUUUUGCAAAAGAUCCAAAAGUUGAUGUAGCAUGGAAAGAGCCCCGGGUAUACAGUAAUUGUUGGGUAACAGCAAUGCUUUCUCAUCAUGACAACAGUUUUUCGCCUAACUGUAGAGAUGAUGGAAUGUUUGCUCCGAAACAAUGCGCUAUGCAAAGAUGUUGGUGUGUAAAUAAAGAUGGCAGUUCUCAAGAAACAAACAACAACAGAUUUCAUUACAAAAUAGAUGGAAUUACCUUACAGUGCACACAGCAUGUCUAAAAAUAAAUCCUCAGGUUUUAUAGACAAAAAGAACUGUAAAUUGCAAAAUCUAUACCACUGGUAUUAAAAGUGAAGAAUUCUGUGAUAAAAACAAGUGAUAAAACCAUUGAAGAUUGAGAUCUGUGAUCAAUAUUACUUAUAUUUAUGAAUUUUAAGUGCUUUGUGUUAUUUAUUUCUGGUAAAGAGAAUGUGCUUUAUAAAAAAGAAUGUAUUAUUAAAAUAUUGGCUUGAAUCUUUA